AUUUUUACAAAAACAUGUUGCUUCUUUCUUUCUUUCUUCUUGUUCGGGUUAUGUUAUUCGAAACGGUUAAAAAAAUUGCAAGUAUACAUCAACCGAUUUUUUAAAAGCAAAAUCGCGUGUGUUUAUUCGUUUAUCAUUUCGUUUUCGAAUGUUAGUCAAGAAUGUUUGUAUUUUGUAUCGAUUUUUAGCGGCUGAUUACGAAUAAAUGAAAACGACGACGAUGAUCAAUAGCUGAAGGACUUAUCAAAUCAAAAAACUCGCUCACAAAAUAUUAUCCCAGCAAAAUAUCUUAGUUUGCAUAAUUCAAACAAAAAUCCUUUUUUUCUUUCUUCCAUAUACGUUGUUCCAGAAAAAAUUUCUUCUUUUAACAACAACAACAACAACAAUGUCAAAUCAAAAGAAAAAAAAGGAUAAAAAUAAGAAAAAAAAUGGUGGUGAAACAUCCAAAUUAAUACCAUCCGAUCUUUACAAUGAAGUAACGAAAUUUGUUGAUAAAAAUACUUUAUUGGAAUAUAUGGAAACUAUUCAACAAACUAAUGAAAGCAUUAUUAAAGAUUUAAAACAAGCUUAUGAAGAAAAAUUUCGUCCAUUUGAAGAAAGUUUUCUUUAUAAAGAUUUUCCAUAUGCAACCGAACCGGAUGAUGCAUUUUUCCGUGCAAAACCAAUGAUUUUAUUGAUUGGUCAAUAUUCAUCAGGGAAAUCAACAUUCGUAAAAUAUUUGAUUGAUAAAGAUUAUCCAGGAAUACGUAUUGGUCCUGAACCAACUACCGAUAAAUUUGUUGCAGUAAUGUAUGGUGAAGAAAAUUCUAUUAUACCGGGAAAUGCAUUAGUUAAUGAUGAUCGAAAACGUUUUAAACCGCUUACAAAAUUUGGUGGUAAUUUUUUGAAUCGUUUUCAAGCCGCCCAGGUUAAUAGUACUGUUCUUAAAGGCAUUACUAUUAUUGAUACACCUGGAAUUUUAAGUGAUACUAAUAAUAGUGCUGGUUAUGAUUUUAAAGGUGUUAUUGAAUGGUUUGCACAACAAUCGGAUAGAAUUUUUCUGUUUGUUGAUGCACAUAAAUUAGAAUUAUCUGGUACAUUUCAAAAAAUUAUUGAAAUGAUAAGAAAAUAUGAUGAUAAACUAAGAAUUGUUUUAAAUAAAACUGAUUUAGUUACUGAACAGGAAAUGAUACGAAUAUUUGGUGCUUUGAUGUGGUUUCUUGGUCAAAGUUUAGAAAUGAAAGAAGUAAUACAAAUUUAUGUUGGUUCAUUUUGGGGAAAACCAUUUGGUGAUGAAAAACGUAGAAAACUAUAUGAACAUGAAGAAUUUCGUAUUUAUGAAGAUUUAUCAAAUCUUCCACAAGAAAGUUUACUACGAAAAAUCAAUUGUCUUGUACGAAGAACAAGACAAGUAUCGAUGCAUGCAUGUCUUAUUUCGUAUGUAUAUUCUGAAUUUAUUUUUACAGAAAACAUUAUUUAAUCUCUUGUUGUUGAUUAUAGUAUGGUCAAGGAUAACAUACGAAGAACAUCAUUACUUCGAUUUAUUUUUGAUAAACAAAUCAAAAAAAUAUAUCUAAGAAAAUUACAUAAAAUACGUGCAAAAAUUGAAAAACAAUAUAAUUUUACCAGAGAUGAAUCACCCGAUCUUAAUCAAAUGAAACGAGCAUUAAUGUCAAUCAAUUUGAAUCGUAGAAAAACAUUUAAUAAAAAAUUGUUUGCCGCCAAAGAUGUAUUCAUACAUGAAGAUUUGCCGAACAUGAUAGACAGGUACAAUCAUUUAUUAAAAAAAGAUAAUUUAAUUAAAUUUUUUCCAAAAAAAAUCAACAGAAUAAACAAUGGUAAAUUUCCGAAAAUGAUUUUCGAGGCAAACAAUGAAGGAACACCAUUUGGUUUUGCAAAAGGUGAAGGUUUUGAUGAAGGUUCAACUGAACCAAGCAAUUGGAUUGUAGUAAAAUAUCUAGAAAAUUAUCAAACAUUAUUCAAUGAAUUGAAAACUCAAGAUGGAAAAGUUACAGCUUCGAAAGCAAAAGCAGAAAUGCUUAAAUCAAAUUUGCCUGCAAAAAUAUUGAAUAAAAUUUGGAAUUGGUCGGAUAUUGAUCGUGAUGGUAUGCUUGAUCGUGAUGAAUUUGCAUUGGCAAUGUUUUUAGUCAGUGUUACACUUAAAAAUUAUGAUUUGCCUGAACAAUUGCCCAGACAUUUAAUACCACCAUCAAAACGUAGAAUGAUAACAAUUAAUAGUCAAUGAAUAAAUAAAUAUACUAAAUAUUAAAAUUAAAAUCCAAAAAA